CGGACCCGAAAAUAACGCUCCAUAGACGGGGAGGACGCAGCCGAAGCACCGCUAACAUCUCCCGGUUCUCUCGGUCUGUAAACACCGGGAGUUUUUUACUUUGACAGGUGAAAACGUAACACACAUGGAGCUGUCAGCUAUAGGGGAGCAGGUGUUUGCUGUGGAGUGCAUCCUGAAGAAAAGAGUUAAGAAGGGGAAUGUGGAGUAUCUGUUGAAGUGGAAAGGAUGGCCUCCAAAGUACAGCACAUGGGAACCAGAGGAACAUAUUCUGGAUCAGCACUUAGUGAAGGCCUACGAGGAGAAAGAGCAGAAGGAGAAACAAUUGGGACACAGGAGGAAAGGACCCAAAGCCAAAAGACUCUUUCUGCAGGAUACGGUUUACACCAUGGAUCUGCGCAGCGCUCACAAGUCUCCGGACGACCCUCCUCUUCCUCCUCUUCCUCGUCUUCGUCUCUCUCUGACUCGCUCUCUGCUCCCUGAGGAAGAGGAGCGCUCGUUGGCUUCCUGCAGGAGGAGAGAGACACCAGAGCAGCAUCCAGGAAGCAAAACCUGGAGGUCAAAGUUCACGUGUCUUCACUCCGACCCUCGGAGUCCCACAGCCGAAGACUGGGAGGGCCGGGGGGAGGAAGAGGAGGGGGAGGAGGAGGAUGUAAAGGAGGUGAUGGCAAAGGGCACUUUAGAUGGACAGGAGAGGGUGAACUGUUCCUCUCUCAGACCGGAGGAGGAAGAGGAGGAAGAGGAAGAGGAGAAGAUUCUGGAGGCUGUCUGGCGGCCGCUCGUGGCUCCAGGAGAGGUGACGGUCACAGACGUCUCUCUGAAUUCCCUCACCGUCACCUUCAGAGAGUCCAGAGUCCCACGAGGCUUCUUCAGAGAGAAAGAGCCGCUGAGGAUCUGAGGGUUUAAAGAAGGUGGUUAAUGGCAGAGAAGUCAA